CUGGGCUGCCUGCUGUACCGGCAGGGGCGGCACGAAGAGGCCAGCGCCAAGUUUGCCGGCGCCAUGCAAGUGUUGGGUUACUGCCCUGAGCUGUCCUACAACAUGGCGCUGUGCUGCUACACGGCCAAGCAGUAUGCCCCUGCCCUCAAACACAUCUCCGAUAUCAUAGAGCGCGGCAUCCACCAGCACCCAGAGCUCAGCGUGGGCAUGACCACUGAGGGCAUUGACGUCCGCAGCGUAGGCAACACUCUGCUCCUGCACCGCACGGCCCUGGUGGAGGCCUUCAACCUCAAGGCAGCCAUUGAGUACCAACUGCACAACCUGAAAGCGGCCCAGGAGGCGCUCACAGAUAUGCCGCCGAGGGCUGAAGAGGAGUUGGAUCCGGUCACACUGCACAACCAAGCUCUAAUGAACAUGGACAGCCAGCCCACUGAAGGGUUUGAGAAACUGCAGUUUCUUCUGCUGCAGAACCCCUGUCCACCAGAAACUUUCGGAAACUUGCUACUCCUCUAUUGCAAGCAUCAGUACUACGACCUGGCAGCUGAUGUGCUGGCAGAGAAUGCCCAUCUGACCUAUAAGCUGCUCACACCUUACUUGUACAACUUCUUGGAUGCCAUUAUUACUUGUCAGACUGCCCCUGAGGAGGCUUUCCACAAGCUAGAUGAUUCAGCAAGAACACUGACUGAGCAGCUCAGACAACUCACGAAGCAGGUACAGGAAGCUAGGCAAAAUUGGGAUGAUGAAGCUGUUAAAAAGGCAGUUAAUGAGUACGAUGAGACUCUGGAUAAAUAUGUACCUGUCUUGAUGGCCCAGGCAAAGAUCUACUGGGACAUGAAGAACUACAGGAUGGUGGAAAAGAUUUUCCGCAAGUCGAUGGAGUUCUGUAAUGAACACGAGGUGUGGAAGCUCAAUGUGGCUCACGUGCUCUUCAUGCAAGAGAACAAGUAUAAAGAGGCUAUUAGCUUCUAUGAGCCAAUAGUUAAAAAGCACUAUGACAACAUUCUCCAUGUUAGUGCCAUUGUGUUAGCUAACCUCUGCGUUUCCUACAUCCUGACAAGCCAGAACGAAGACGCAGAGGAACUGAUGAGGAAGAUUGAGAAGGGAGAGGAGCAGCUGUCCGAUGAUGAUCCUGAUAAAAAUAUCUACCAUCUUUGCAUUGUCAAUCUGGUCAUUGGUACCCUCUACUGUGUGAAGGGAAACUAUGACUUUGGGAUUUCAAGGGUCAUUAAAAGCCUGGAGCCGUACAACAAAAAACUGAGCACUGAUACGUGGUAUUAUGCCAAACGGUGUUUCCUGUCCUUGCUGGAGAACAUGUCGAAGCACAUGAUCAUGCUACGUGACAGCGUUAUUCAAGAGUGUCUUCAGUUUCUGAAGCAGUGUGAGCUGUAUGGAAGAAACAUCCCAGCUGUCAUUGAGCAACCCCUUGAAGAGACGAGGAUGCACAGUGGCAAGAACACAGUUACCUAUGAAGCCAGGCUUUUGAGGGCACUGAUGUAUAAGAUCAUUGGGUGGACUGCAUAAACGGUGUUCCUGUACAGCAGAACUUUGUGUCUGUUCUUAACGCUUGUGAGGUGAUGCUCACCCUGGUAGUCCUUAGCGGUAUGGGUUUUUCUUGAUUGCUCACCUUUAAAGAUUUUGCCCUGUAUUUUAACAA